AUGAUGGAGCAAAACCCUUGGCUCUCUUCGGCAAACGACCAGCCUCGAUUGGAUGGCUUUCAGUUUCAUUUAGGGGACCAGUCUUCCCCUGAGAUUUCCGAUUUUGACGAACACAGUUCUUCCUCUGCCAUAGCCUACUUGAGAUUACCACCCGUCCAUCCACCGUCGCCGACCAACAUUUUCCUGGCAAACUUCCCAAAGAGCUGGAACGAAUACGAUUUGGCUCAGAUAUUUGACGGUAUCCCUAUUCUGACGGUUCACGUGAUAAGGGACAAGAUUACAUCGAAUGUCGGCGGCGGUUUCAGUCGGGGAGUGGGUUUCGUAAAUGUGCUUUAUAAGCAUGAGGCUGUUGCGUUGGUCCAACACCUCGACAGAAAAAUUUGGCUUGACGUAGAAGCGCCACUGAAAAUCCGAUUGGCCAAGGCAACCGCACCAAAUCCGAAGGUUGACAUAGACAUCAACGGCAUGAUGGAUCCCGCCACUAGGCCGAAGGAGGGCGAACUUAGCCCCGGACGACGUCCCGGUCCUAAAGUCAACUUGCUCAAAGAACUCGAGAUUGUCGUGACAUUAGCAAAACGGCCUAUUCAACCAAGUCCUUCGUUUACCCAAAGUCCAACUGUACCCGGGGGCCUUUACAACUUGUGGGAGCCCGUGGACAAGCACCGCUCGAACGCUUGGCCACGCUAUACGAAGUUUGAACCAACGCAUCUCCCAAAUGAAAUCAAUCCAUUUCGUUCCCCCGUUCAUUCGAGCCCGAGCACACCCUAUGACGCCAAAGGAGUUCUCGACGCUCACGCGAGUCAGUGGGCGUCGUGGCAGUCGAACCAGACUGCAAUCAAGCCGACGGUCUUCGAUCAAUGCCCUCCGAUGAGGUGCUACCCUUAUUCAAAUGGGUUCCACAAUUCACCUAUUCAACAGAAUAUUCAUUCGCCAUCGGUAGCAGAGAAUUUUCCCAGUGCAGGUUCGCCGGGAUCCAAGUUUGAUUACGGCUUUGUUGGUGGUCCGGCGGUUGAUCUACUCAGCGGGGCUGUAAUCUCUCCUCGACGCCAUCAACGCAACUCUUCGCCAAUAUCAAGUGAAGAAAGUAUGCCACGUUCGGGAUGA